GCCCAUGUUUACGUUCGUGUUUCAUCAUUCAUAACUCCUUUUCCCAUUUUUCCGCAUUUUCGAUGGGAAAAUGCUGCAAUUGACGCGUAAUUUGUGCGCUUUGUCACUUCAACAGCCAAUUUUCACGGUAAUUCGUGGAUGUCAUACCCAAGUGCGUGUUAGAUUCGCUCCAUCGCCUACAGGUUAUUUGCAUCUUGGUGGUUUGCGAACCGCAUUGUACAAUUAUCUCUUUGCCAAAAAGCACGGAGGCAAAUUUAUUCUCCGCAUCGAGGACACAGAUCAAACGCGAUUGGUUGACGAUGCCACAGAACAAUUAUGUAAGGACUUGGAAUGGGCUGGAAUUAAGCCAGAUGAGGGUCCCAACUAUGGCGGAUUGUUCGGACCUUACAUCCAAAGUCAACGCAUCGACUUGUAUCAUGAGGAAGUGAAGAAAUUGCUGUCGAACGGAAGUGCCUAUUACUGUUUUUGCUCCGAACGACGUUUGGAUUUGUUGCGAAAGGAAGCUCUCAAGCAACGACAAGUCCCGAAAUACGACAAUCGUUGUCGGCAUUUGACACCUGUGCAAAUUGCAGAAAAACUCGCCAACAAAGACCCGUUUUGCAUUCGUUUCAAGUUGGAAUCGCAGGGCGAAUCCUUCAACGAUAUGGUUUACGGCAAAAUUGUCUAUUUCAUCGCUCAAAAUGAAGGAGAUCCGAUCAUCAUAAAAUCCGACGGGUAUCCAACGUAUCAUUUCGCAAACGUCGUCGACGAUCACUACAUGCGAAUUACUCACGUUUUGCGGGGCGUCGAAUGGCAAAUCUCAACUCCGAAGCAUUUGCUGAUGUAUCAAGCGUUUGGCUGGAAGGCGCCUCGUUACGGACAUCUUCCGCUCAUCAUGAACACCGACGGCAGCAAACUUAGCAAGCGACAAAACGACAUUCGGAUACAACAUUAUCAAGAAAAAGGAAUUUUUCCGCAAGCUUUGUUGAAUUACAUCACGCAAAGCGGCGGCGGAUUCGAAAAAGAAGUCGGCGAACACUUAAAAUGCCUCCAAAUGCCCGAACUUGUGUCGAGAUUCGACAUUUCCAAAGUGAAUGCAAACUCAAGUCGAUUAAAUCCCGAACUCUUGGGUGACUUAAAUCGCUUGGAGCUCCAAGAGCAAUUACGGGAUCCCGUAAAAUGUGACAUUUUAAUAGAAAAAGUCCGUGAAUUGGUCACCAAAGCGUAUCCGAAGAACGUUGAAAACCUAGAUUUGGGCAAAGAACACGUCAAAUUCGUGCUCGAAUGGGCUGUCAAUCGGAUAACAUCGCUUAAUGAACUAGUCGAAGGUAAAUUAUCGUUCCUAUGGAUUCUGCCGAAACUCCAAAAAGACAACGUAAUUGGAUCAGAUAUCCUUGAGUCGCUCAUUAAAUCACUGAACGAACAAAAUUUCUCGAAAACUGACUUGAAUUCCCUGUUGAAGGAAUUUUCCGCGAAAAAUGACUUGAGUUUUGCUAAUUUCAUGAAAAGUUUACGCGGCGUCCUUUCUGGAUUGAAGGAAGGACCAAGCGUUGCAGAAAUGAUGGAGAUUUUGGGGAAAGAAGGAACAGUUGAAAGGCUUCUGAGGACAAAGAAAAAGUAGUUAGAGAAAAAAAAAGUUAAAUAAAUUUCGUUAAAUUUAAUUCAAAUCGAAAUUUUUCAACAUUGAUUUCUCAAUGCGCAUCGUUCUUGAUGAUAUUUACGACUUGAACUGCUAAAAUAUCCUUUUGAGCAGUAAAUGCAUCUAAAAAAAGACAAAAAUUAGUUGAAAUUUAGACAAAUUUUCGAUUUCUUACUUGUAAGGAG